AUGGCGGUGGACCGGGAGGCAGGAGUGGAGGGGGAGGUGGUGGUGGUGGAGGUGGCGGCGGCGCCGGAGGGAGGAGGAGGUGGAGGCUACAUGUCAUCAGACGACGAUGACGAACAGAACGCAGAGUUCCCGAGGAAGAACAUUGACUUCAUCGAGUUAUCGUCAGACGAGAACGAAGAAGAACCAGCGCCGAGAUCACAUGGGCAUUUGCCGAUUCGCAUUGGGAGAAAACCACACAAAGAGAAGACCUUUGGCAUCAAUACAGAUGCUAGCACAGAAGCCAACGCGCCGCAACAAGCGCAGGCAUCGAGUGGGCCAGCCACGGAGGGUUCUCACAAAGGGAAGGGGAAAGCGAAAGAGGUGGAAAUCACAGGCGAGAGCAAAUCAUACAAGGGCGUAUGGCAAGAUUCAGACGGAACAGACGGCGAGGCCAAAGUGAAACCUGAGCCCAUAUCCAGCGACGACGAAGGCGCUUCCAGAGAACAAGUAGGCAUCGCCGCCCCGAUCAAAACCGAACACUCGCCCGAGCGCGAACGCAAACCAAAAGUCCACAGCACCGCAAUCCCCUCUUUCCAGACCGACGAAGAGCGCCAGGAAUGGGAGCGCAUCCAGUACAACCUCAUCGGCAUGCGCAAGGAACUCGGCCCCCCAGAGGACGAACAACAGCCCGAUCCAUCCGGCGACGUCCCCAUGCUCGACGCCGUCGCAAACGCAAGCAAGCCCUCCGUCCGCGACGACCACACCUACCUCUUCCAACUCCCCCCUAUCAUGCCAGAACUCCUCCUCCCCGGCCAACAACAUCUGAAAAUCAAACAAGAGCCCUCCGACGCGCAACCCGCACCCGCAGCAGCACCUCCCCACCCGGCCAGCCCACCGUCAAAAAGAACCAACAGACGACUUCUCCGACCCCGCGCAGACACCUCCACCGGCGCACGCUUCGCCUCCGGCCGCGUGGGCAAGAUGCGCGUGCACGCGUCCGGGCGCACGACGCUCGACUGGGGGCACGAGCUACUUGAUUGGGCCGGGGAAUCCCUCGUCUUUUCUGCAGGAGGUGGUUAG